GCACGCGCACGCACAGACAACCUAGCGGGGACAGUUGGUGGUGCAAGCCGCAGACGGAUGGAAAGGAAAGGCAACACGUCUCCUUUAUUAAAACGUUGCGGAGGUGAUGUCGGUUUUAAGGACGUUACGAAGCGGAUAAAAUGGAGGACCUGAAACACAACUCACAGAGACUCAUGUGAUUUUGCGUGCUGCUGAGGUUCCCUAAAGACACCGGAGAAGACGGAUAACGACGUGAGGUCGCCAGCACAACUCCCUCAGCAGUACUUGUGUACACCUUGUGGAUUAUACGUGUUUUUACAAGGUCCUUUACGAAGAUACACAUCGUUCCGAGACGAGCCAUGGCAGUGUGUACACAGAGAUGUAAACUUUUAGCCCAGGCUAGCUGACUGUUAAAGUAUAUCUGAAUACAGUAGCAGUAACAAGCUAUCCGAGUAGCGUAGGUGGCACUUCGUAGCACAAUGAGAAUAAAAAACAUUUUACGAGUUGUUAGCCAACACUGCAUUACACGAAUUCGUGUUUCUAUUCCGUUGUAACGUUGUAGUUACGACAUAGACACGUAUCAAAUCGGGACAGCGCAUCAUUCAAUGUGUCACAUAGACCAUUGUAAAGCAAUUUUAAAGUGAAUUGCGUUGUAAUAAUGAUCAAACGUUGUAUUGACGUGACAGUAUCAACCACUGCUUCUGUUCCGUCUCACUAAUCAUACUGACAAACCAAUAACCACGAUAUAACAACCAUAUUUGUGUUUUAUAGUAUAGGUUAAUGAUGUUAGGAACAAUGUCUCCGUGUAGGAAGCGUGAAUAGAGGUAGUAGUUACUGCAGGGUGUGUGUGAUCUCUGUUCACACCUAGCCAGUGGAAAAGCUCCUCAUUAGCCCGUCGGUAUGAGACUAUCGUCCCUCCUGGCCGUGUUCCGGCCCGCUCUACCCCUCAUCCUCGGACUGUCAUUGGGGUGUAGCCUGAGUCUGCUCAUGGUCUCCUGGACCCAGGGAGACGCGGAUGACUCCUGUGGGGAAGAGCUUGGCAACGUGGGACUUUUCGUCGGAGGACACAGAGGAGAUCGGGCCGACUCUCGGGACGGCGCCGGGAAUGAGGACUUCACGCCCCGGAUAGUGCCCUACCAUAAGGACCCCAACAAACCGCACAAGAAAGUCCUACGGACCCGCUACAUCCACUCAGAGCUGGGCAUCAGGGAGCACCUCCUGGUGGGGGUGCUGACGUCGCGCGCCACCCUCAACACGCUGGCGGUGGCGGUGAACCGCACCGUGGCGCACCGCUUCCAUCGCACCUUCUUCUUCACUGGCCUGAGGAGCGCCAAGCUGCCGCACGGCAUGACCGUCGUCGCGCAUGGCGACGACCGGCCCGUUUGGCUGAUGUACGAGACGGUGCGCCACCUUCACCGUCACCACGGCAACGAGUACGACUGGUUCCUGCUGGCCCAGGACGACACCUACCUGCAGGCCGACCGCCUGGCCCAGCUGGUGGGCCACCUGAGCUCGGGGCGGGACCUCUACCUGGGCCGCGCCGAGGAGUUCAUCGGCGGCGAGGAGAAGGCGCGCUACUGCCACGGCGGCUACGGGUACCUGCUGUCGCAAAGCCUGCUGGGCAAGCUGCAGCCGCACCUGGACACCUGCCGCAACGACAUCCUGAGCGUCCGACCGGACGAGUGGCUGGGGAGGUGCAUCAUCGACUACCUGGGCCUCACCUGCCUGGAGGUGUACCAGGAGAUGCGCUACCAGUACUUUGAGCUGGGUAAGAACGCCGACCCGGAGCGAGAGGACAGCCCCCAGUUCCGAAACGCCCUGGCGGUCCACCCGGUGUCAGAGCCCAGCCUCAUGUACCGCCUCCACAAGCGCUUCAGCCAGAUGGAGCUGGAGUGGACCUACCAGCAGAUAGAGCAGCUUCAGAUGCAGAUCAACAACCUGAGCCACCUGACUCCGGAGGGGAAGGCGGGAACCACGUGGCCCAUCGGCAUCACCGCGCCCUUCAAGCCCAAGACGCGCUUCGAGGUCAUCAACUGGGAGUACUUCACCGAGGACCACGUGUACUCGUGCCUGGAGAGCGCCCCCAAGUGCGAGCUGCGGGGCGCCGACCGGGCCGACGUUAGCGCCGUGCUGGAGAUGGCGGUGGAGCGCCUCAACGCCCGCUACCAGCCCCAGCUGCGCUUCCGCAAGCGGCGCCUGCUCAACGGCUACCGGCGCUUCGACCCCACGCGGGGCAUGGAGUACGUGCUGGACCUGGUGCUGGAGGCCUACACCCAGAAGGGCCACAGCCAGGUGCUGGGCCGCCGGGUCAACCUGCUGAGGCCCCUCAGCUCCAUCGAGAUCAUCCCCAUGCCCUACGUGACGGAGGCCACGCGCGUGCAGGUCAUCCUGCCCGUCACGGCGCCGGAGCAGGACUACGUGGGCAACUUCCUGGACACGUACGUCACCAACACGCUGGACACGCGUGACAACGUGCUGCUCACCUUCCUGUUCAUCUACGACCCGUUCGACGCGCAGCGCGUCAGCCAGACGGACGUGUUCGCCGGCCUCAAGGCCAUGAUCAGCGAGGUGGAGAAGCGCUACGGCGACGUGAAGAUCCCGUGGAUCAGCGUGAAGACGGAGGUGCCGUCGCAGGUCAAGCUCAUGGACAUCAUCUCCAAGAAGCACCCCGUGGACACGCUGUUCUUCCUGGCGGGCCCCUGGACCGAGAUCAACGGCGACUUCCUCAACCGCUGCCGCAUGAACGCCAUCAGCAGCUGGCAGGUGUUCUUCCCCGUCCACUUCCAGGAGUUCAGCCCUUCGGUGGCGUCGCGCGAGCAGCCGCAGUCCUCGUCGGCCUUCGCCUUCGACCCGCUGCGCGACGGACACUUCGACCGGCAGGUGUUCGACGAGGCGUGCUUCUACAACGCCGACUACAUGACCGCCCGCACCAAGAUGGCCGCCGACAUCCUGGACAACGAGGAGCUGCUGGAGAGCAUGGACGUGUACGACAUCUUCGUGCGCUACUCGGGCCUGCACGUGUUCCGCGCCGUGGAGCCGGCGCUGGUGCAGAAGUACGUGCGGCGCGCGUGCAACCCACGCUUCAGCGAGGACAUCUACCACCGCUGCGUGCUCAGCAACCUGGAGGGGCUGGCGUCACGCUCGCACCUCUCCAUGGCGUUGUUCGAGCAGGAGCAGGCCAACAGCACCUAGACACGCCUCCCCCCCCGCAUGCUGGGGGGGUGGAUGCCGUUGAACACUGCCGAGGAGAGAGAACAUAACAAUGAAACUGCUUUCCUACGGUCACUUUGGUGCCUUGCUCUCAGGAAACGUGGGCAAUAUGGUGGAGGGGUGGUACUCCCCCCCCCGUCGCUAUCGCAAUGUUGUCCAGAUCUUCACGAUGUCCCUUCCCGUCCAGGCCUGGGGCGGCUAGCUGGCUGCUCAUAUGGCCGCCGGCUUCUACUGGAAGACAGACUGGCUAUUGAAGUAUGUGCUGUUAAUAAUAAACAGCACAUAAUGUCACAUAAUGUUAUUUUUUCUACGGUUGAGGACCAUGGACAGAAACAAAUUGAGCCAUACUUUCUAUUAAAGAAUGUUAACCCCAACUGUAAGCUCAGCAGGAUGACAGUGUUCUGGUUCAGUGUUUCUGCUCCUAAAGUAUUAAAGACCAUUUGACAUUA